UCGUGUUACCAAACAGUAUCGUGUACUGAGUCGCAGGCAUUUUGUCUAAUCUUUUUUACUUGUUCACAUCUAAAAUUCACCAUGGUGUUGAAGGCUGUCUGUGUUCUCAAAGGUACCGGAGAGGUGACUGGGACCGUAUAUUUUGAGCAGGAGAAUGAUUCUGCUGCAGUGAAGGUGACUGGAGAGAUAAAAGGACUCACUCCUGGUGAACAUGGAUUUCAUGUCCACGCCUUUGGUGACAAUACUAAUGGCUGCAUCAGUGCAGGACCUCAUUUCAACCCCCACAACAAGACUCACGGCGGACCCACUGAUGAAGUCAGGCAUGUUGGGGACCUUGGUAAUGUAACUGCCGGAGAAGACAAUGUUGCCAAAAUCAGCAUCGUGGACAAACAACUGACACUCACAGGGCCUCUGUCCAUCAUCGGCAGAACCAUGGUGAUCCAUGAGAAGGCUGAUGAUUUGGGGAAAGGAGGAAACGAUGAGAGUCUGAAGACUGGAAACGCAGGGGGGCGGCAGGCCUGUGGAGUUAUCGGGAUUACUCAGUAAAAAGAAAAAAAACCCCAAAAAAACCCCAAAUAACGUUAGCACUAGACCCACUUAGAUGACCAAUCAGGUUGCCCCAACAGCACUAAGCUUUUCAGGAAAUUUAUUUUUGCAGGAUCAGUGUUAAGAGAGAAAAAAUAGACUAUGUAAGUAUACCACCCCACGAGAAGCUGUUUUUUGCUUGUUCUUUCACAUGUUCAUUAAGUGGUUGUGUUGUGGCUCUGUCGCAAGAUUCUGGCAGUUAUGACGUAGUGUUCCAAGAUCGCCUGAAGCCAUUCAUUCAAUAAACACUCACUGGUUAACCUUC